CUGUCUUUCACUCUCACUCGGGAAAAGGACAAGCGGCAUUGGCAUACACGUUAGGGAGGGGCCCUUCUCAUCUCAGCCUAUCUUAGCCCCUCUUACACGCUCAUUCAACCGAUUCCCUCACUUUAUCCACCCGCAUACCUUGCUCGCCCGCCCUGUACCCAAGGAACUGCAAGGGACUGAAAGAUAAACCCCCCCGAGUGUGAGUGAGACACAGAGAGACUAGACCUUCCUUUCUGAUCCACGGACUUGCACUUGAACACCGUCGGCAAAAGGGCAGCCUUCACAAAGGAGCCCUUCACUCGACCGGCCCGGGCCUUCGGCUGGCCUUGUUGAUCGGCGCUGUCCGCCGCGCGUUAUCAACAGCCUACAUACGGGGUUGUUGUUGGGGGGUUUUUUUUUGGUGGUUAUCGGCUAUCACGACCUCCGAAUCGUAGAUGGAUCCCGAGGACGGCCUGCGUCUGCAACGACACAAGCAGCGCCGCGUCGCCGAUAAGGAGAGGAAGCGAGCUGUUCGAGCCUGCGACGGGUGUCGGAGACUCAAGGAGAAAUGCGACGGAGGAGUCCCCUGCCGCCGGUGCACCCGCCUGCGCCGGCAGUGCGAGUUCCUCACGCCCACAACCAGAGAUGAGCCCGGGUCCGAGACCACAUCGAGACCCCGCCCCUCGCAACACGAGGAUUCUCAUUUAAGGCAGAGGAUGGUUUACAUGGAGCGGCUGCUGGCGCACUACACCGGCAAGAGCACGCUGGAUGCCGAGACCUUGAAGACCUUGACCGAGUCCUUUGAAAAAGGACGUGCCGGCCCCAGGGUUCCCGGAGCCGGAGCUGAGGCGGACGUUUCCAUGGAGCCCGAGGUCGGCGCCGAUGCGGAAGUGCAAUCACAGAGCUCCGACUCGUUCAAGGUAGAUGAGAUCACGGUCCAGCCUCUGGAGAACAACAUCACACACUACUCGGGCGAGUUCUCCCACUGGAACUUCUCCAUGCGAAUAAAGCAGUGGAUCGAGCAGUGUGUAAACGACGCCCCGGAUGGCCCCAAGACGCAGUUCAAGGAGUACUACCGUCCGGAAGAGCUGCAGUCGUCCUCCAAUACGGUAGCUUCACUGUCGUCCCUGCCGCCGCGUUACGUCGCCGACUUCCUUGUCCACGCCUUCUUCAACCACGCCGAGACCAGCUACUUUUACGUCGAGCGCCAUUGGCUUAACGACAAGCUAGACCUGGUGUACGACAACUCGACAUCCCUGACGCGGCGGGAUGUUGGCACCGUGUGCAUGAUCCUCAUCAUCUUCGCCAUCGGGACCCAGUAUGCCUACCUGGACUCUCGCGACGAGAGAGGCGGGCCUCCAAACGCGGCCGCCGUUGACACGAGCCCCUUCUCGGAGGAUACGAUUGGCAUCAUGUUCUACCAGCAGGCAUGCCGACUGGUCCCCGACGUCAUCACAAUAUCGUCCCUGGAAAGCGUCCAGGCAUGUCUUCUGAUAGGAUUGUAUACUCUGCCGCUUGACGCUUCGGGGCUGUCGUAUGUCUACUUAAACCUCGCUGUCAAACUGGCGAUCCAGAACGGCAUGCAUCGGAAGUACCCCGGAGACGGUAUCGAUCCCGUCAUCCGUGAGACGAGAAAUCGUGUGUGGUGGACGGCCUACACGACGGAGAAACGCAUUGGCAUAUUCCACGGCCGGCCAAUAUCCAUCGCCGCCAGCGAUGUCGAUGCAGAGCUGCCGGUAGACCGACCAGACAUCUGGCCCGGCCCUGCGCCGCCAAACACAGCUCACAUGUUGGCAACACUUCGGCUCAACAACGCUUUGAGCCGGAUCGCCCAUCAAAUAUCAUUGUUCAAGACGUACGAAAAGCAAGAGAUACCCGAGGGCAUGGCCAAGCUCGUGGAGAUGAAGACCCAACUACACAACUGGUGGAACAGCCUCCCGGAACCGACCUUCUGCAAAGACCCUGCCACCGGUCCGGCCGUCUUCCGGCCCACCAUGCACUUGAGGUUAGAAUACUGCCUCGUCCGCAUGUUCGCCGGGCGGCCCUUCAUCUUCCCCCGCGACUCGGCGCGCAGCACCGCGAGCUCGUCCGGGUCGCCCGCCGACUCGGCCGUGCCGCCGCGUUCGAGCGGCUCGACGAGCAAGACGCACCCCCGCUCGGUCUUGGUAGCGGACUGCGUCGACGCGGCGCUGUGCGUGAUCGAGACGUGCCGCCUGCUCCGCCACAGCGUCGGCCUCGCGCGGGCGUCGUACACUGAGUUCAGCUCCUGCCGCGCCGCCCUGCUCGUCAUCAUCACGCAGUGCCUGCAGAAGAAGACGGACCGCCUGCGCGACGCGCUGCGGGAGGGCAUGGCGAUGCUCCGGGAGAUGUCGGCGGGCGGCGAGUCGGCCAAGUCCGAGAUGUCGCUGAUCGAGGCCUUUGAGCGCGCCAUCUCGAGGCUCGACACGGCCGACGAGGCCGGGUCCGCCAAGGAGUCGGACUACGCCAGGUUCAAGAAGUGGGAGAUGCUGUGGAAGACGGACACGCCGGCACAGGAUGCGAGGAGCGAGAGGGGUCUCGACGCGGCGCUACCCAUCCCGCCACACCCUGCGGGGCUGUGGCGGGGACACCACGGCCACGGCGGGCACGUCGCCCCCGGGGCGGGGCGGCAGGGCACGGCGUCGCUGCCACCGGCUAUGCCGUUUUUCGGUCUUGAUGGCAGCCUGUCCCCAAUGCCGCCGGCUCUCGACCAGUUCAUGUUCGAGAAUGGGUACGUGCCGGGUUUUGAAGGCAUGGCAGGGGGCGUCAACGGAAACUGGAUGGGUCUCUGAUGAUUCGAGAGUGAAGAAGAUGAUAAAGACUUCAAAAAGAAAAAUUGCGAGGACGAGGUCCGCAAGUUCCGUCGGAAGGACCCUGGCCAAACUGAGAAUGGUUUCGUGUCCUUGUUGAUCAUUAGCCCAUCUGCCUGAGAGGUGAAGCAAUGUAUGUAUACGUCCUCGACGCUGUGAAAUGCCCAGGCCGGCGGCUGGACAUGGUUCGAGUUACUGCAGCUCUGCCAGCCUUGACUCAGCCGACACCUCUGGCCAACGUACGUUGGCACAGCGUGGAUGGAACACAUCACGGGCACACAUUGGCAAACGCCUUUUCUGGGAAGCUGGAGUCUCUUUUUGGUAACAACCAGACUAACAAGCUACUGCUGCUAAUCC